GGCAUGCCGACAAAGCAGUUCCUUCUCCACUCACAGUUAAAAUGAAUUCAUCAACCAAAAAGGCACUAACACAAUCGAAAAAUUCAAUGCAGUACGAGAAGCACAGCAAGCACCAACGUUAUUUAUGACAGCUUCAAAAACCCGAAAAGCUCCUUCCCUGUUGGUGGUUGCACUGGCAUACUUUGACAGCUCAAUCCGAAAAUCAUCAAGGAGACAAAAAGCGCAUUCACUUCACGCACAAAAAAAGCGAUCGGCAGAGCAAGCAAGCAAGAGAGCUUCCCCGCCCCCAUUUUGGUUGUCAGUCUAAUGUAAACAAACCGAAACCAGAGGUAGUUUUUAAACCAAACGAAAAAUCGGAAAUUUUAUUGUGUAAGUUAUUUUUCGCUGAAUCCGGCCACCGAAGGAUCCUUCCUUUUGAUGGACCUGACAAUCUACAGUGAUGUACCAAACGAGACCCCCGGAUCGUACUGUCGGUUUUGUUUCCGGGAAACCGAAUUGGUUCCGAUAUUUCAUCCGGCUACAUUGGAACCGGUGAACCGGCAGUUGCUGGAAAUAAUUCAAGAGUGCACCGACAUUCAGCUUACAGCAGAAAAUGACUUUCCAUCGUCCGCCUGCCAGAAUUGCCUACAGGUACUGCAGGAGUUCUAUCACUUCCGGCGACGUACAAAAGAGUACGACCGGAUAAUCCGAGACAAAGCUCUACCCCGCAUGGAACCGGAAGUGCUAAUUGUAAAGCAAGAACCCUUAGAAGACGAUACACUGGAAAGUGUUCGGAGACAGUAUUUAGCCGAUCAGCAGUUGCAACAGCAGCAAGAGGAACCGGGCCCGGAGUAUGCGGAACCGGAAGAGGAAGAUGAUGAACAGGAAAUCGGUAGCAGUAGCAGCACAUUGACGGCGGAGGAGUCACGCGAGGAAGAUUUUCAGCAUCCCAGCCUCAGAGCGAUCUUCAAGGUGCGCACUACUUCCGGUUCGAGUGGAUCGAAAACUACGUUGGCUAGUAGUUUGGAAGAUAAUCGGUGCAUGGUGUGUGGCGAAAAGUUUUCCUCCCGUGACGCGUGGAUGAAUCAUCUUCCAGUGCAUGCCUCGGAACGUCCGUUCCAGUGUCACAUCUGCCUGGCGCAGUUCAAGACAAAAUACGUACAACAGAACCACAUCAAGACGGUUCAUCAGAAUAUUCGAAGUUAUCAAUGUAAGGUGUGUACGGAUCCGAUCCGACAGUUCAAGAGCAAGCGCACCCUGGAGGAUCACAUGCGCUAUCACACGGGCGAGCGGCCUUUUCUGUGUACGUUAUGUAACGUCAGUUUCUCGUCCGGCAGCGUGCACCGGAAUCACAUGUACCGGGUGCACCGGGAGAUGCGCAAGAAGGACCGAAAGUGUAGCUACUGUGGGAAGGAGUUCGAUCGGAUACUGGACCUCAAGCGGCACCAGACGAGCUACUGCGAGAAGAUUGUCGGUCGGGCUAUGGCUGAGCGGCUGUAGAGCGCCCGUCCGUCGGAAUAUCGGCCAGUUUUAUAUAGUACACGAUCGAUUCACAACACAACCAAGAACAAUGUUUCAUGCAUGCGACCGUACAGACACACCUAUAAACUAUGCUAUAAAAAGAAUUAGAUUUAUAUCGUAGAGCUAACCCCACGUGAAUAGAACAGAAUAUAAUUUUAAUGAAAUAAAAUCAUUACUAUAGAUUGUCUUCGGUGUACAAGA